ACGCUACUCACGCUAGCGUCGAACAGCAAAACAAAUCGCGUACCCUUUGAUUUGAUUUAAAUUGCCAAAGGACGGACGGACAGAGGCCGCCGCCAAAGAUGCCGUUGAAGGCCGUGUGCAUCGAGUUGCGCCCAAAUUUGUGCAGCGGCCAUGUAUUUCUGCAAUUCGAGCACGACUUGGGCGACAGCAGCAGCAAAACGCGCGUCGUCAUCAAGGAACAUGACGUACACAUUGUGGAAGACGGCGUGGACAACGCUGGGGCUGAGGAUGACGCUAAGAGUGAGCUUGUGAUUCGUCAUGCCAGCUUUGGGAUGGACAUUCAGCAGAUUUCAGUGUUCAUGGCGAGUGGCCAACAUAUCAGCUUUCGUUUCAAUUACACGCACAUUGAUCUCGAAGCAUUGCAAAAGGCUGCAAAUAUGUUGGAAGAACCAAAAUCUCAACCGUUGUUGCUCAGCUUUGCGGAACGCGAAGAUUACGUGUCGCUGCACUGCAGCAAGUGUCUGUACGAGCUGGUGCCCAGCUGUAGUUACAAACGCCUGCGCGAAUUUCCCAGCGGUCUCGUCGAUCCCAGCGAGUUUUUCUGUCACAACCACGGAACGACGUGCAAGUCGUCUAAGCCGUCCAAUCAGCAGCCAACAUUGGUGCCCGGCUCCUCUGAUCUCUACUAUGGCCUCAAUCACAUUGUGCUUAACAUAGCUGUGCUGGAGAGUAGAGUCAUCAACUCGUCGGAUCAUCUCUACUGCAAACGCUGCAUGCAGAUGUUGGGACUCACCAUAUUGAAGGAUGCCGCUGCCAAGCUGUGGUCCGAUGCGCUGCGUUGGCUGCCAACCAAGGACGCAUCAACAGAGACCACAGAUACACAUCCAUCGUUGCCCCGCCAGCUGUUCCAGCACUCGACAGUGACACAAAUGAUGCUGCGAUUGCUCAGCAAUCUAUGGACGCAAUCGAUGCCACAGUUUUGUCUUGGCACCAGUCGUGCCCUGCUCAUGGCCACAAUGCCCAAUCGCCAGCAGCAAUAUAUGCUUAUCCACGUGCUCGAGCGUCAGCUUGCCGUGCUACGUCGCAUACCCCAAGGGACGACAACUGAGGAGACACAACAAUUGCAUUACUUUCGCGCCUGUAAGCUUUAUUUCCGUGUGUUUGACAACAGUCUGGAUGAGCUGGAGCAACAAAUGGAUUUGCCAAGGCUGCACAUUUCACCGUAUCUAUUUCUGGAGCUGCAGGAGCGAUUGAAUCGCAACUCCCAGUUGAUACCACGCGCCUGGCGCUACAAUUCCGUCGAGGAGAAGCUGCUGCUCACGUAUUUCUUCUAUGAAAAUGAGCAGCAGGAGCAGCAAAAGCUGGAGCAAAAGACGCCGCUGCUGGUGAAGCUGACGACACCUAAAAAGCAAUCAAAACAAAAAAAACCGGAGUCGGAGCUGAAGCUGGAGCAAGAGCAAGAGGAAUAUGAGACUGAUGCAGGCCUGGAUGCCAGUUUGGAUGAAGAUGAGGAUGACGAGGAGAAGGAGGAUGAGGAUGAGACUGACAGUGACAGUGAUGACGAGCAUUCGGAUACGGAUAGCGAAACAAGUUCAACACUGCUGCAUAAAUCCGCUCCGAUCAGGGAAUACGAACAGAAUCUGGUCAAGCGCUGGCUGACGCAACGUCAGUCAAGUCCAGAUUCCAAAUAUUAGAACAUUCGACCAUCCAUGCUUUUGUACUUUCAACUUUCUUCUGUAUGCAAAAUGAAUUAAUGUUUUCUUUUCUGUUU